GGCCAGGCCAGCCCGGCCGCUCUGGCCCCCCGGGGCACUUCGGCCUGAGUCCUGUCCCAGCCCCGGGCUCCGGAGGCUGCUGUCACCACUGCCCCAAGAGCCAGGCCUCUCUCCUUACCCCCAGGCCUCCACCCGGCUGGACUGGCGGCCAUGCGCCCGCUGUGGGCCUCCCCCGGCGUCCUGGCCUGGGGGCCACUCGUCCUAGGCCUCUGCGGUCUCCUGACAGCAUCCCAGCCCCGACUGUUGCCCCCAUACCGCACGGAGAACCAAACCUGCCGGGACCAGGAAAAGGAAUACUACGAACCCAAGCAUCAGGCCUGCUGCUCCCGCUGCCCCCCAGGCACUCGCGUCUCUGCUGAAUGUAGCCGCGAUCAGGACACAGUUUGUGACUCGUGCCCUGAAAACUCCUACAAUGAGCACUGGAACCAUCUGUCCCACUGCCAGCUGUGCCGCCCCUGUGAUCAGAUCCUGGGCUUCCAGGAGACUGCACCUUGCACGAGCAAACAGAAAACCCAGUGCCACUGCCAGCCAGGAAUGUCCUGCGUCUAUGUGAACCAUGAGUGUAUGCACUGCGAGCCACCCCGCAACUGCCAACCAGGCACUGAAGUUGAGCUCAAAGGUGAGGCUGGGGAGGCUAAUCACCACUGUGUGCCCUGUAAGGCAGGGCACUUCCAGAACACCUCCUCCCCUGACGCCCGCUGCCUACCCCACACCAGGUGUGAGGACCAGGGCCUGGUAGAAGCAGUGCCAGGCACCACCGAGACUGACACCAGCUGCAGAAAUCCAUCAGAAACCCCCGAGAUGCCAGGAACUAUGCUGGUGCUGGCCAUCCUGCUGCCCCUGGUCUCCCUGCUGUUCCUCUCCGCCAUCCUCGCCUGCACCUGGAAGAGCCACCCGUCUCUCUGCAGAAAGCUGGGAUCCCUGCUCAAGAGCCGUCCGGAGGGAGAGGAAUCCAAUAUUGCGGAUGGAAACUGGCAGCCUCCAAGCAUCAACCCACAUAUCCCUGACCUGGUAAAGCCACUUCUGCCCAUCCCUGGAGACUUGCCCCUGGCCUCAGCCAGGCCCCCAACACCCCCAGUUGUGGAGCAAGAGGUGCUACAACAGCAGAGUCCUCUGAGCCAAGCCCGGGAGCUGGAGGCUGAGCUCCCAGAGCAAGGCCAGGUGGCCCAUGGUACCAAUGGCAUUGUUGUCGGCAAAGGCGGGUCUGUGACUGUCACUGGCAAUAUCUACAUCUACAAUGGACCCGUACUGGGAGGAGCACGAGGUCCUGGAGACCCCCCUGCGCCCCCGGAGCCUCCAUACCCCAUUCCCGAAGAGGGUGCCCCUGGUCCUCCCGGGCUCUCUACACCCUACCAGGAAGAUGGCAAAGCUUGGCACCUGGCCGAGACAGAGACACUGGGAUGCCAUGACCUCUAACGGGACCAAGGACCCAAUCUGUCACCCAUGCCUCAUGGUGUCUGGAAGAAGCCAGGAGAAGGGAGGCACAAGAGCACCUUCUCCCCGAGGCUUCCCUGCCCACACAGGAUUGACAGGGGGCCUGGGUAGGGCCCCUGAGAGGCAAGCCCUAAGGGGCCAGGCCUCAGACACCUCCGAGAGCAGGGCCGGGCACUGGCUGGGUACGGUGCCUGCCACAGGACUCUCACUACUGCCUGAACAGGCCUGAGACUUCAUUGCAGAUCCCCUGGGCACUGGAGCUGCACCAGCUCAGCUUCAGGCGGACAGAGCAUAUGAUGCCUGCUGCUGCCCACCGUGGCGCUCUGCACCCAAAGCGUGGCAUAGAAGGAAGCCAGCCACAUGGUCACUUGCAAGGAUGCCACGGAACCUCUGACAGAUUCGUGGCACUCAUCCCAAGCUUCAGAGGCCCCUUGAGGACCUGCACUUCACAUGGACUGAGGUAGACCCUAUAUGAAUAUGGAGUUACAUGGACCAUCACCCCUCUCCUCUGGAGAAGAAAAGGAGUCAUUAAAAACUGGGGGUUUGGGUAGGGUUACCAGGUAAAAGGAAAGUUUCGGAGAGGAAGUGAAAUGGCAAGUGUAUUUAUAAAUUGUAACCACAUGCAAAUAAAGUGGAGAUUGAGACCUAGA